AAGCCGCGGUAUCUCCUGACAUCAACCCCCUACCCCGCGAUGAGCGAGUGAUUUUCUUACAACUUACUCUCCUUAUCUUUGACCAAAUCGUCCACAAACCGCUGUCAUGAGGAUCUUUUAUAUCGGUGUCUUGCGAAAUGAUUUGCGAAAUGACGACGAGGCCGCCGUCGAGCUUUGCGGUGAGAGAGACCUCAGCAGCUUCUCGCGAUUCACGCGUGACAACUAUAAUGAAUUUAUGAUGCUCUUCUGCAAAACGGUCGCUCAACGCACCCGCCCCGGUCAACGCCAGGAUAUCGAAGAAAAGUCAUACACGUUCCACGCCUAUGGGAGGACCGAAGGUGUGGCGGGUGUCAUUGUCUCGGAUGGCGAAUAUCCGGCCCUUGUUGCCCACCAGCUCCUCUCGAAGGUUGUCGAUGAGUUUCUGGCCAAGUACCCCCGGACGUCGUUCUCGGAUACCCGCGUCGAAAACUCGUGCCCUCUCCCUCAACUGAAGGAGUACAUUGUCAAGUUUCAAGACCCAAGCCAGGCCGAUAGUAUCAUGAAGAUCCAGAAGGAAUUGGACGAGACCAAGAUUGUGCUGCACAAGACCAUCGAAAGUGUGCUGGAGCGAGGCGAGAAGAUCGACAGUCUGGUCGCCAAGAGUGAUGGCCUGAGCGCCCAGAGCAAGAUGUUUUACACCCAGGCCAAAAAGCAGAACUCGUGCUGCGUCAUUAUGUGAUUUUUGUUUUCAAAUCUUCUUUUUUGCCGAUAAUGCAACGCAUACUGUUUUCCUCAGCCAGUCCUAUUUAUGCUUAUUGAAAGUAUUGACUUUGCAAAGUUUACAUGGAUAGUAUAUCUUGGUAGAUCAGAACAGGCGUCUCUGCUUUUUACCUAUCUCACUUCUUGUCGACUAAUCCACCUGGCAUAAAAACGCACAUGCUGCCUUGCUACAUCACUAUGGCAUCUUAAAUGUCAGAUUAAGUGGACUAGUAUACUUGAUCUUUAUAUCAAUAUAUUGCAAAAUGAAAAUAACUAGAUUCGAAAUCCAUUGAUUCAUACCUAC